GAAAAUUGCUUCUCAGAAUCAUGAUCUGAGCUGCAACUAGUAAGCAUCCUCAAAUGAAGACUGACCGGUGUCACCAAAUCUUUCCUGAAAGAAGCCCUAGGGUUACAUCACUGCUCAUUCUUCAGUAUGUUUAAGGGGCUUUUCCUCCAGUGUCCAGUGCAUAUACACACACUUUUGAGAAAUGAGAACAGAUGACUCUGAAGCUAUUGAAGGUGGUUUGAGAUCAUGAGUACAAAGAAACUUUGUUUAGCCAAGUGAAGGUAUCCGAUGUGGUCUGAAAUGCCGAGAAGAAAAUUUAGUUUUUGUCAUAUUUUACGCUUCAGGCACCUCCUCGUGCUGCUACUUAUUUUAGUGGCCUUUUCGGUUCUAAAAAGUAACCAAAAGCUGGACUUCUUGAAUCAGAGACAUCUAGAGCUGACUGGUGAAGAUCCUACCAGUAAUAUUAACUGCUCUAAGAUACUGCAGGGUGAUAUAGAGGAAAUUCAAAAAGUAAAGCUUGAGAUGUUAACUGUGUCAUUUAAGAAACGCCAUAAGUUAACAGCAAGUGAUUAUAUUAAUAUGACAACAGAUUGUGCCUCUUUUACCAAGAUGCGGAAGUAUAUUAUGGAACCACUCAGUAAAGAAGAAGCUGAAUUUCCAAUUGCCUAUUCAAUAGUGGUAUAUCACAAAAUAGACAUGCUUGAUAGACUUCUAAGAUCAAUCUAUGCUCCUCAGAAUUAUUACUGUAUUCAUGUUGACAAAAAGUCUCCAGAAUCUUUUCUAGCAGCAGUUAAGGGAAUUGUGUCCUGUUUCAAUAAUGUCUUUAUUGCCAGCCAAUUGGAGAGUGUAGUGUAUGCUUCAUGGAGCAGGGUACAGGCAGACCUCAACUGCAUGAAAGAUCUCUACAGGAGAAGUACAAACUGGAAAUAUUUGAUAAAUCUUUGUGGUAUGGACUUUCCUAUUAAGACCAACCAGGAAAUGGUGGAGAAAUUGAAAGCCCUAAAGGGUGAAAACAGCUUAGAAACUGAGAAAAUGCCUUCCAGCAAAGAAAUACGAUGGAAAAAACACUAUGAAAUUGUUGAUGGUAAGCUAAAGAACAUGGGAAUAGACAAACAAGCUCCACCUCUUAGUACACCUGUUUUCUCUGGCAGUGCCUAUUUUGUUGCUAGUAGGAGAUUUGUAGAGUAUGUGCUAGAAAACAGCAAAAUCCUUGAAUUUAUUGAAUGGGCUAAAGACACGUAUAGCCCUGAUGAAUACUUGUGGGCUACUAUUCAAAGAAUCCCUGAAGUUCCAGGGGCAGUUUCUUCCAGUGACAAGUAUGACGUUUCUGACAUGAAUGCUCUUGCCAGGUUUGUGAAGUGGCAUUAUUUUGAAGGGGAUGUGUCAAAAGGCCCCUAUCCUCCGUGCAAUGGAAUUCAUGUGCGCUCUGUGUGUGUGUUUGGAGUGGGAGACUUGAACUGGAUGUUAAAGAAACACCAUUUAUUUGCUAACAAGUUUGAUACUGAUGUUGACCCCUUUGCAAUUCAGUGUUUGGAAGAAUAUUUGAGAGAGAAAGCUUUGCAUCAACACAAAAAUUAAAAUGCUAUCUUGUGUUUGGUAUGACAGCUUCACACUGAUAAGGCUGUCAUGCAGAUAAAAUAUUAAGUAUGUAGUGAUGAUUUAUUAGUGUGUUGCACCUUACUCAUCGCCUUGGUAUGAGCAUGAGAAACUCCACUUGGGGUAUAUAUGAUAUGUUCGGUUCAAUUUAGUCUCACUUGACUACCUUUUCCCCACAAAUUUCCAUACCACAUACUCUUAUUAUUGCAAGAGGUCCAGGCCUCAAAAUGCAUAUUUGGGGUCAAGAGAGCUACUCUGGUAAGUCCAGUUAUUCUUGUGUAACAUUUCAAUAGUAGCUUUUCAGGUUUUUUGGUUGUGGUGUUUUUGUUUUUUGAUCUCUGCUACUAUUCAAUUCAAAGCCUUAAAAAACAGAACCCCCGAUCUUGUGUGGCCAUAACUCCAUCCUUUUUCAUAAUCUUCCAUUACUGUUGGGCAUGGGGUGGAGAGGGAGCUAGACUGAGCAAGCAUGUAGCUGCAAAAGGAUCUCAGGAAAUGCAUGUCAGGAAUUCUUUAAAAAACAGUUAAAAGGGAAUUGAUCAAUAUGCCAAAGCUAAGACUUUUGCAGUGGUUCCACAUGUAUUCUGGGAUAAAUACUUCUGAAUCCUCUUUUCUGAAAACUUCGAAUUUAAGUUGAAAUAUUCACCAACCAGCUACAAGGCCUUGUGUUUAAAGUACACUUCUUACAGUAAUGUUUUGUGUGCUUGUUUUAGUUUGUUAAAACUAUUUUAAAGUUGAACAAUUACUUUUUAAUUUCAGAGAUGACAUUUAUAGCUUUAAUCUGCAAUAUCCAUCUUCUCAGGGGAAUUUAUUGUUCUGGGCCUGUUAGGAUAUAAAUGUUGAUAUCAAGUUUAUUUUUGUGCAUAAUGUCACUUCUCUACACUUUGUAAUUUUUUUUUAACUAGUCUAUGAGGAUUGAAUUGAAAUUCUUUUAUGUUGCAACUCUAACCUGCAGAGCUGCUGGGCUCAACUUUCUGAAAGAGUUAACGUACAUCAGUCUACCCACAAGUGUAUCUCAGAACAUUUAAACAUUUACUGGAUAUUCAGACAAAUAAAUUAUUUUUCUAAGUGAAA